AUGGACUCCUCGCUGAAGUGGGAGAAUUUGCCCACCGCGCCGAGUCUAAAGAACUUGACAGAGGCGGGAUUCGGUGUCCUGAAGGAGUCUCAGCACGCUGCUGUUCAGGACUUGACCAAAGCGCACAUCGACUCGUUUGACCACGCCGUCACCGAAGGGCUCAGCCGCGCCGUGCAGGCCAUCCCUCCCUUGGAGUUCACCUUCAGGGAGGACCGGUUGACUAUCACGUUUGUUGAGGCCGCCAUCUACACCCCGAUGGUCGCCAAAGGGAACAUCUGCAAGGAGCUGAAGGUGUUUCCAGCAGAGUGCAGGGGGAGGAGAUGCACAUACAAAGGGAAGGUGGUGGCCGAUAUCAGCUGGUCAGUCAAUGGAGUCCCCAAAGGCAUCAUCAAACAGUCCCUGGGUCAGGUGCCAAUCAUGGUCAAGUCCAAGCUAUGUAACCUGCACGGCUUGUCCCCCAAAGAGCUCGUGGAGCACCACGAAGAGGCAGAGGAAAUGGGAGGCUAUUUCAUUGUGAAUGGAAAUGAGAAGGUCAUCCGUAUGCUGAUUAUGCCAAGGAGGAACUAUCCCAUUGCUAUGUCGAGACCAAAGUGGAAGACCAGGGGCCAAGGAUACACUCAGUAUGGUAUUUCCAUGCACUGCGUGAAGGAAGAACACACCGCCAUUAACAUGAAUCUACAUUAUUUGGAAAACGGCACCGUGAUGCUGAACUUCAUCUACCAAAAAGAGCUCUUCUUCCUCCCACUCGGCUUUGCACUUAAGGCCCUGGUGGACUUCACAGAUUUUCAAAUAUACCAGGAACUGAUCAAGGGCCGCGAGGAUAAUUCCUUCUAUAAAAGCUGUGCGUCUGAGAUGCUGCGCGUUGUCAUGGAGGAGGGCUGCAUCACCCGCAGCAAGGUGCUAAAUUACCUGGGAGAGCGUUUCCGGGUUAAGCUGAACCUUCCUGAGUGGUACACAAACGAGCAGUGCGCCAAGUUCCUGAUCGAGGAGUGCGUCUGCAUCCACCUAAAGUCGGACACGGAGAAGUUCUACCUGCUGUGUAUGAUUACCAGGAAACUCUUCACGUAUGCCAAGCAGGAGUGUAUGGAGGAGAACCUCGACAGCAUCACGUUUCAGGAAGUGCUCACUCCGGGCAAAUUCUAUCUCAUGUUUAUGAAGGAGAGAUUGGCGGCCUGGUUGUCGUCUGUGAAGCUGUCCUUUGAAAAGAGAGGCAAAAGGCUGAAGGGCUCAAUAAACCAUGAGUUUGUGAUGAAGAUGUUCAACAUGUGCACUGAUAUCAGCAAAUCCUUCGAAUAUCUGCUGGCCACAGGGAACCUCGUCUCCAAGACCGGCCUUGGAAUAAUGCAGAACACCGGCUUUUGUGUUUUGGCUGACAAGCUCAACUUCAUCCGCUACCUGUCCCACUUCCGCUGUGUGCACAGAGGGGCAGCGUUCGCCAAGAUGAGGACCACUUCUGUCCGCAAGCUGCUGCCCGAGUCCUGGGGCUUCCUGUGUCCCGUGCACACUCCAGAUGGGGAGCCCUGUGGACUCAUGAACCACAUGACGGCCAUCUGUGAGAUCGUGACAGCGUCCAUGGCCACCACAACGCUGACUGCGUUGCUGUGUUCUCUUGGUGUUACUCCAGUGGACGGGACCCCUGGCCAAGCCUUUUCAGAGUGCUACCCGGUGGUCCUGAACGGGGAAGUCGUGGGCUGGGUGGAGACUGAAUUGGCCCACGGUGUGGUCGACUCGCUGCGCAGGUUCAAGGUGCUACGAGAGAAGAGGAUCCCUCCCUGGACGGAGAUUGUGCUGGUUCCUAAAACGGGCAAGGCCAGCCUGUACCCAGGAUUGUACCUCUUCACAACCCCCUGCCGUAUGGUGCGACCCGUACGCAACCUGGCUCUUGGCAAGCAAGAGUUGAUCGGCACCUUUGAGCAACUUUACGUCAAUGUGGGCAUCGCGGAGGAUGAGAUCGAACCAGGGGUGACCACUCACCAGGAGCUCUUCCCGCACAGCAUGCUCAGCGUGGUGGCGAGCUUCAUCCCCUAUUCUGACCACAACCAGAGUCCUAGGAACAUGUACCAGUGUCAGAUGAGUAAGCAGACUAUGGGUUUCCCCCUGCACUCAUUCAAGGAACGCUCGGAUAACAAGCUGUACCGCCUGCAGACCCCUCAGAGCCCGCUGGUCAGGCCCUACACCUACGACCACUACAACCUGGACAACUACCCCAGCGGCACAAACGCCAUCGUGGCCGUUAUAUCCUACACAGGCUACGACAUGGAAGAUGCUAUGAUUGUGAACAAGUCAUCGUGGGAGAGAGGCUUUGCCCACGGCAGCAUCUACAAGACUGAGCUGGUUGACUUGGCAGACAAAGUGAGGGGAGACGACAGCGUGGUGUUUGGGACCACGCCCGGGGACCCCAAAGUAAAUGGACAACUGGACGAUGAUGGACUUCCGCACAUUGGAACAACACUUAAGUACGGAGACCCGUUCUACAGCUACAUCAACCUGAACACAGGCCAGUCCUUUGUCACCUACUACAAGAACCAGGAGGCCUGCGUUGUGGACAACGUAAAGGUCUGCAGCAGCGACAACGGCCUCGGCCGCUUUAAGCGCGUGUGCAUCACCAUGCGAGUGCCACGAAACCCCACCAUCGGGGACAAGUUCGCCAGCCGCCACGGCCAGAAGGGCAUCCUGAGUCGCCUGUGGCCGGCCGAGGACAUGCCCUUCACAGAGAGCGGCAUGUCUCCCGACAUCCUGUUCAACCCGCACGGCUUCCCCUCCCGCAUGACCAUCGGGAUGCUGAUCGAGAGCAUGGCCGGCAAGUCGGGCGCCCUCCACGGCCUGAGCCACGACGCCACGCCCUUCACCUUCUCCGAGGAGAACCGCGCGCUCGAGUACUUUGGCAAAAUGCUCCGGGCGGGAGGAUACAACUACUACGGCACGGAGCGGCUCUACAGCGGAGUGAGCGGCCAGGAGCUGGAGGCCGACAUCUUCAUCGGCGUGGUCUACUACCAGCGGCUGCGUCACAUGGUCUCCGACAAGUUCCAGGUGAGAACGACCGGCGCGAGGGACAAGGUGACCAACCAGCCAGUAGGCGGGAGGAACGUUCAGGGAGGGAUCCGUUUCGGCGAGAUGGAGCGCGACGCCCUGCUGGCCCACGGCUCGUCCUUCCUGCUGCACGAUCGCCUCUUCAACUGCUCCGACCGGUCGGUGACUCAGGUGUGCGUGGACUGCGGCAGCCUGCUCUCGCCCCUGCUGGAGAAACCGCCGCCCUACUGGUCGGCCAUGCGCCACCGCAAGACGGUCUGCGUGCUGUGCGGGAAAAGCGACUCAGUGGACUCUGUGUCAGUUCCUUACGUCUUCCGCUACUUUGUGGCCGAGCUCGCGGCAAUGAACAUCAAAGUCAAAUUGGACAUAAAGUGAGUUUGGCAGCAAAAGCACACGAGUCAUGCCGUCGAUGCUGAUUUAAGGUACAGUGUGUAGCAUUUGGUUAUUGUCUAUUGGCAGGAAACUGGAUCCUUUGAUACACCACAAGGUGCCUCCUGCGUCUGCCGCAGUAGAAAGUAGUUGUCUUACACAAGGGGGAAGUUUGAAUGUGCGAGCAGUCGGCUAGAUGCCACCAGAUCCUACACAUUGCACUUUUAAAUAAAGUUUCUACAAUUCACCAUCUACACAGAAAGAAUAAACUAAACUACGUUCCUUUUAAGUUUUAUCUCCUUUUGUCAAUCAAGAGGAUUAUUUGCCAAAAUCAAUGAUAAUGUGUCAGCAAAUUAUGGACAGAAUAAUGUGUACAGUCACAUUGAGCGUUGAAUAAAAAUGAUAUUUUACAAUGA